AUGGUGUCCCUCCCCCUCGUCGAAUCCUCCAACGCGCUCAUCAGCAGCACGCUCCCCGGCCCCCUGACCGCCAUCUUCGUCGGCGGCACCAAAGGCAUCGGCGCACACACCCUGCGCGCCUUCGCGCGACACACCGCCGCCCUCGCACCCACCGUCUACCUGAUCGCGCGCUCCCCGGCCGCGGGCGCCGCCGUGGUCGCCGAAUGCCGCGCCCUCUGCCCUUCGGGGACCUUUGUCUUCAUGCCCGCCGACGUCGGCCUGAUGCGCGAGGUGGACCGCGUGUGCGCCGAGAUCGCGGCGCGCGAGCGCAGCGUCAACGUCGUCUUCAUGAGUCAGGGCAGUUUCGACCUGUAUGCCAGGACGGACGAGGGGUUGGGCGUCAUGGGCAGUCUGGCGUACUACUCGCGCGUCAGGUUCGCGAGGCAGUUGUUGCCGUUGUUGCAGAGGGCGGAGGGGCUGAGGCGCGUGGUGAAUGUGUUUACGGGGACGAAGGAGGGGCCGUUGGAUCAGGAGGAUAUUGAUUGUUUGAGGCUCAAGGGGCCGUCGGGGAUCAUGAAGGCGAGGGGCCAUGCGGCUAGCUUGUUGACUUUGGGGCUGGAGUGCCUGGCGCAGGAGGCGCCGGAUGUGGGGUUUGUGCAUAAUUUUCCUGGGUUUGUGAAUACGGAUCUGGGGGAUACCAUGCCCGGGUUGAUGGGCGUUGCUAUGCGGGCGAUGGGAAGGCUGGUGGGGACGUGGAAAGCUCUGAGCGUUUUGCAGGGAAUCGGAAGGAUGGGGUGGCCCUGGAGGGCGUGGAUAUGGCCGAGGGGACGGACGGGAAGACGGGAAGUGGCAUGUAUUCAGUGA